GUGCUAUAAUGUUUCAGUGUACGGUAAACUGUCCUAUUCAUUAACUGUUAUAGCGCUGGUGUUUUACAUUCGGAUAUGCGCUUCCAUUCGCGACAUGAAACGACUGCAGAAUCUCCACAUUUCCGCUUUACGCGACUGCUGGGCUUCUGCUCGCGCGCCAUGCGCGUGUUGGAACGGACGUGCUGCUCGAGCUAGCGUACAUGCGGCCAUCGCGCUCCUCAAUGGCGGUUCAGACGCCUAACAGACCCCAAUAAAUGUGUAUGUCCUAAAAUCCCAAAUGUCACCAAAAAUCGAAAAACUACCGGUAAUACUAGAUUGAAAUCAAAUGCAAAUACUCAUAUCUUAGGCUGAAUAGGCAUUAAUAAUACAAUUCGCGAAUAUAAUGAUCACGUUUUGCUUCUUUGGUGAAUCUGGUAGCCUGUGUACAAAUUUGGUGUUUGUCAGUGCACGUUAAUAUUUUUGUCUUUGUGUGAACAUAUGAAUACAUUUUCGCUAAACACGUGUCAAUAAGCCCCUCUCCCGACACAGUCAAACAAAGUGAAUGGGUUUGCUGGGUCAAUCCCGCCCCCUGAGCGCUACUACACAAUCUGCACGUCCCACAUGAUCAGGCAGGUGUUUUUUUAAAAUCCUGUUUCGUGAACCGUGGUCUGGAGCUGGAUUAAAGCCAAAUAAAUAAGACGAACGUCGGUUACAACAGUUAUUUUAUGUUCUCUCUUCGUUGCUGACUUCGAUGGAUUUUCCAGCUCUUUGAGACUGAAACAGACUACGCGACUGCGAGCGUCGCUAAGCAGUUGUCUUUGGACGCCUUGGUAGCAAAAUGCCUUUUCUUGAGCAUCUGGAAGACUUGAAGUUAGAGCAGUUGGCACUGGAGCACAUUGUGCCGGCUCUGUUAGAUCAAGGUUUCUUCUACACGGAUAAUUUUCUGGGCGAAAUAGUUGGCCACAUGGUCUUGGCUCAGGUGAAACAAAUGCACUGUUCAGGUGUUUUGAAAGAUGGGCAACUUGCCGGUCGAGGUUCGGGAGUUUCCAAAAGACAUAUAAGGGGUGAUAAGAUAACGUGGGUUAGUGGAACCGAGAAGGACACAGAAGCGAUCAACUUCUUGUUAAAACUAAUUGACAAGCUUAUAUCUCUAUGCGUUGGACGCCUUGGCAAAAACGUUAUCCGCGACCGGUCAAAGGCAAUGGUAGCAUGCUAUCCAGGCAAUGGGGCAGGUUAUGUUAAACACGUAGAUAACCCCAAUGGAGAUGGGCGGUGUGUCACCUGCAUUUAUUACCUCAACAAACACUGGAACGCUAAGGAGCAUGGUGGAGUUCUGCGCAUAUUUCCUGAAGGAAAGUCAUAUGUAGCUGAUAUCGAGCCCCUGUUUGAUCGACUGCUGCUCUUCUGGUCCGACCGGAGGAAUCCUCAUGAAGUACAGCCGUCUUUUUCUACCAGGUAUGCGAUCACUGUGUGGUACUUCGACUCAGAGGAGAGAGCUGAAGCAAAAAGAAGAUUCAGAGACUUGACGGCUUCUUCACAAGACAGCACCACGUCUUAGCUGAAGAGUUUCAGACGCAACUGCGUUCACUGAGUGGCCUGCGCCUGCGUGUGCGUGCACACGCAUUUCGCGUUGUUUUGGCUCUUUGUGAUGCUGCACUAAAGGUACCCCCUCUCCCUGUACAAACAAGCGUCCGUGGUGUUGGAAACUAUAGCUCGGUGUAUAUUCUUUGCCUUGCUGCUCUGUGUAUGCAGGAGAAUGGCUACGUUUAUACACAAGCAUUUCAGCACAAUUGAAUUUAUGUGGUGUUUGUGAUGAUGAGGAUGGUUGAAUAGAUUCCUGGGGUAGGGGGUAUGAUAUGAAAAAACAUAUGACCAUUAAGUGUCAUUGUACUGUUGUCAUUUUAUUUUUAUUUCUUUGAGAAAUGUUUGCUUCCGGAGCUUCUGUUUAAUUAUGUGAGAGUAGCUGCUUUCAUAUCUGUACUUUAAAGUGACUUUUUAAUAAACUGGUUCAAACCCUAGUAGCACUAUCACCUAAUGAUUUAUGUGACCUGUGAAGCCCUUGGCACAAAGUUAUAAGAAAAAAAACAAAACCAAACUGUAAUACUUUUCAGUCUAUAACAUUCUAUGUUCUACAACAGGUUCAUUUUAAUGGGCUUGCCUUGAUGUACUUGUGUAAUGGGUUUUAAUAGUUUUGUGCUUUUUGUUUAUCAUUGUAUAAGUGUGUUGUGGACAUGCUCAGUUCACAUGAUCACUCAACUAUAUAUUGGUAGAAGCCUGUUACUGUCAUCUAGUAGCUUGUCUUGGUUUCAGAGGGUAAUCAUGAAGUGUGAUUUUGAUCAUUUCAAAACCUCUUUCUUGUUCCUGAAAUGAUCUCUCUGGAAUUGUCCUGAAUUGAAGAAAUUAAAUUUAGAAAGACACACUGUGAUUUUGCAACAACUAAAUGGUGGAUAUCUAUCAGAUAAUGAGAGACCACCAUGAUGUAGAUGUCACUUGAAUCUUUAGGAUGGGAUUAGUAUUUAGUGAACUGAAAACUCUCGCUGAACUCCAGCAGUUUGGUUGACUCAGCGGUUGUGUAACCAGUGCCAUCAGCACACUCUUCACAAAUUGGCUCAUUAAUUGAGGAUUUGUACAAUGCACUUGACAAACAAAGCCUCUAGAUAAGAAUGUAUAUGAAUAUAAUCAAAAUGGUUUUAAAAUCAGAGUGUGGCUUCGCCCCAAGGAUUAGCCACAUCUGCAUUCCAGAUAUUGGUGUACUGUAGGUUAGGAUACCAAGUAGCUUUUUUCCUCAAUAGAUGUGUAACAGCUUCACAUGCGACUAGAUUGUAUAUAAUCUAGAUGUGCUGAUUGUCAUUCAAUCUUCUAAUUUAAAGUUAAUAACUACUUAAUGUGUCCUUAUUAUUAGAGACUGUGUGCCCCUUCGCGUUUUGUUUUUGUUUAAAGUAAAGGGAAACAUAUUGGUCCAUGUGUCCACUUGCAUGCUGGUCAGCAACGCUGCUCAUAGAUGACGUAAGAAUGCCUUCGUUCAUGGCUUCGCCACGUUUGAUUAUCAUUAGGGCAAGAAAUUUUUGGUUUUCUAUAAUACUGUAGUCCACUGGUAAAUGUAAUGUGUUCAUUAUAUUUGAAAAAUAAUGGGAAGCCUGAUAAGAUUAUGUGCACACUAGGAAUGAUGACAUUUACCAGGUUAAACCUGUUACUAUCUAGACAAAAUUGGUGGAUAAGAACUCUAAUGCCCUCUUGUAAAUGGCAAAUAAAGAAUCCCACAUGUUAA